AGCUAAAUCGUGCACAAUGCUGGGUCUGAUUUUCUCUUUCACGUUGUUCCUGUCGGUCUUCGCCGACGUGCGCGACUUGUACCAGAACCAGGACAGCCGCCUCCUCUCCCCCUUCGGGAACCGGCCACCCUUCGCCGUCAACCCCGGUCCAGCUAUAAAAUUCGAGACCCACCACCCGGGUCAAGAGAUCGCCAUUCUGCGCCAGGAGCAAAGUGUGGAACCCGAUGGUAGCUACAAAUGGGCGUAUGAAACUGCCAAUGGUAUCGCGGCGCAAGAACAAGGGGGUCUGAAGCAACAAGGGAGUGCUGAGCCGUCGAUUGCCGCACAAGGGUCGUUUUCUUACACGUCCCCUGAAGGACAACCCAUUUCUGUGAGUUAUGUUGCCGAUGAAAAUGGUUUCCAGCCACAAGGUGCCCAUUUGCCCACACCUCCUCCCAUUCCUCCUGCGAUUCUUAGGGCUCUCGAGUGGAUCGCUGCUCAUCCCGAGGAGCCGAAAAUUAAUCCUAGGUUCUAGAGACUUGUGUAGUGUGUGUGUUAAUAUAACGAAAGUAUUAUUUUUAUAAAUAAAUAAACGAUUUUUGUAUUGAA